AUGUUCGACGCCAAGAACAUGAUGGCCGCUUGCGACCCACGACACGGAAGGUACCUCACGGUCGCCGCCAUGUUCCGUGGACGCAUGUCCAUGAGAGUAAGUCACUGACGAGCAACCAAACAGAACUAAAAAUGAUAUUUGCAGGAAGUCGACGAGCAGAUGCUCAAUGUCCAGAACAAGAACUCCUCGUACUUCGUCGAAUGGAUCCCGAACAACGUCAAGACUGCCGUGUGCGACAUCCCACCACGUGGAUUCAAGAUGGCCGCCACCUUCGUCGGAAACUCGACUGCCAUCCAGGAGAUCUUCAAGCGUAUCUCGGAGCAAUUCACCGCUAUGUUCCGCCGCAAAGCCUUCCUUCAUUGGUACACUGGCGAGGGAAUGGACGAGAUGGAGUUCACCGAGGCCGAGAGCAACAUGAACGACCUUAUCUCGGAGUACCAGCAGUACCAGGAGGCUACCGCCGAGGACGACGUCGACGGAUACGCUGAGGAGAGAUGUACGAAAACUUGUAGUCUGUCACAAUAA